GUCAAAUUAUAAAAAUUAUAAAUUUAUAAAAUUCGCUGAUAGAUUUUACAUACCAUUACCUACUUAUGCGUUUCAUCGCGCACUGUAUAAUGAUUCAGAAUGGGAUUUUCGGCAAUUUGGAGUCCAAGAAACAACCAUCCUUGAAUGAAAAUAUGUAUGGUAGGUCGUUUGAAGAAUCAUUGUUCUCUCUCAAAUCCAGCACUAAAGUGUGAAAAGUGUCACAAAAAGGAUUAAUAUAUUCCAUUUGAUUUCAUAACGCAAUAGGUGAACACAAAUAAAACAUUGUAAUUUCAACAAGGUCAAAUGGAAUACCUAUACCAUAGUAAAUUGAUAGUCGCUACAAUAAUACGACAGAGAAUUGGAAAAUACAUCAAGCAUAUAGAAUCUCGGCAUCAUCUAACAUCCUUCACAAACCGAGAUUACUGCCACAGACGAUUCCGAGUCAUUUUUAUCGAUUUCCUGCUUCUGACUUCUGAAUCAUUUCGAUGAAAUAUGUUGUCACAAUCGGUGGUAGCAUUGUUAGUGAUCUUGUCGGCACAAAUUAAAGACCUUCGGGCAGGAAGUGAUCAGUGCCAAAUGGUUUCUAUUGACACUGAGGAAAUUAAAGGUCAGUGUUGCGUUUAUUACAAAAAUGUACAAAAUCGAGGCAACGGCUACCGAAACGAUAUCAGGAGGAUCAUUUCCACAGAAGUUAAUGAUCGCAAUAUCGAUUUACUCGAACAAAGGGACAGCCCAGUUGAUGAUGAGAGAAACCCGUGUUCCGGUCCGGAUACGGAUAUAACUAUAGAAAAUCCUGACAGAAGAACGGCAAAUACGGGACCAGGAGUGAUUCCCAAAAACAAAAAUAUGCACAGGAAUGAGCGCCCUGUUAUAGAUAAAGUGAAUAGGGAUUACCAUAAUAAAACUAAUGCAAACGGCACAAUAAAUGGGACAACUUUGGAAAGUGAUGCUGAAGAAAAAGCGGGAAAUGUCACAGUUCCCGAUCUUGGAAAUAGGAAUAAUGUGGAUGUACCAGAAACUUGUACAAAAGGCUAUGUCAAAGACAACAAUGGAAAUUGUGUUGAACUUUAUGGAGAUUAAUAUAAUGUUGAUUCGAAGUAUGAACAGUUUUUUUUUUAACAUACCUAUACCUAUAUUUUUAGUCAUGAAAAAUCUCAACUGUUAAGACUGAAAGGUGAAAACAACAAAGGAUUUGCACAUGUGCAUGGCGUAGAUAGAAUAAUAACAAUUUUUGCAGGAACAAGU